AGUAGCACCCCUGUGUAUUUCGCGAUUUGUAACAUCCCUGUCACCUUUCGCUCCGCAGACCUGAGAAAUUAUUUCAGUCAGUUCAUAGAGAGCGGCGGUUUUCAGUGUUUUCACUACCGACAUCGACCGGAGGUCCUCAGGGAGCCCGAGGGCUCCGAAAACACCGAGUGCGGUGACGGUGAGGAGGGCAGCUCUAACGUAAACGCUCCGGAGGCUGACCGACAAGAAGACAGCUCCGGGGAGAAGCAGACGGCGAAAUCAUGCUGUUGUAUCGUGUCUCUUCACGCUAAAGAUGCUGACAGGUUUGUCAGGAUGUAUGCUGGGAAUCACUGGAUUGACUCGAAGGGGGACUGGCUGGCCCGACGGUGUGUUAUUAAAAGAAUAAAAGUUUCACAGGACAGAGAUGAUGGGUCAUUCCCCUAUAAAUCAAGACACGAGCAGAGGCAUCGGGUCUCCUUAACGGAGCAUUUCACAGAGGCUGACCUCAGAGGUUUGUCCGAGCUGAAUCCACCUGCUCUUAUGCAGAAUGGGAAUGUGGGCACACCAGUGAAAGUGUUUCUACAGCUCAUCCAGUCCUGCCGAUUACCUCCGCGCCUCAUCCGGAAAUUGGGACUCACUUUCCAGACCAGCUCCAACCGCCGUUACGGCAACGUACCUUUGCAGUAUCAGGACACUUUGACACUUCCAGCCACAGAGGAGACUGUACUAACAGCUGCUGGACAUGAAAUAUCAGGACCAGGCACUUAUGCUCCUCUAGCCUCAGAAAAGAGGCUGCUGGCUGAUCACACAGAAACUACAGAGACAAACGAGCCAGAGAAAAAAGAAGAAGAAGAGGAGGAGGAUGCACAGUCAAAUGCAGAUGACGAUGAUGAUCGCUGUGAGGAGUGGGAGCGCCAUGAGGCUUUGCAUGAUGAUGUAACGAGCCAGGAGCGAAGUAAAGAGAGGCUGUUUGAAGAGGAGAUUGAGCUGAAGUGGGAGAAGGGCGGCUCGGGCCUGGUGUUCUACACUGAUGCCCAGUACUGGCAGGAGGAAGAGGGAGAUUUCGAUGAACAAACAGCAGAUGACUGGGACGUUGACAUGAGUGUUUACUACGAUAAAGAUGGCGGUGACAUGGAUGCCCGUGACUAUGUCCGAAUGCGGUAUGAAAAAAGGCUCAGGGAGGGUCUUGAAGAUAGAUGUGGACACAGUCAGUCUAUUGGCAGCUUUGAAAGGUUCACUAAGGGCUUUGGCCGUCGUUUGAUGGAAAAGCAGGGCUGGAAGGACGGUGAAGGGUUAGGACACAGUCAGCGUGGGAUUCCUGAUGCCCUUGAGAAUGAGGGCCAACAUCCUAAUUGUAAAAGAGGCUUUGGGUAUCACGGAGAGAAAUUAGUCAUACAUCCUGUAAAAAAGGCCAGAACUGAUUUUCAUAUAACUACAAUGUAUGACAAACCCAAAAACAUAGAUGGAGGCGACACCUUGCUGAGACGUCAACCAAACACCAGUAUGAAGUACAGAGGCUGGCAGCCAGGUGGCAGCAUUGGACCGAGAAGAUGACUUUGAUUAAAUUAUUUUUCUAUAGUAUUGGGGU